UUUUUCAACAGGAUGACAAGAUUUAAUGAAAUAGAUUUUUUUUUAAUGAAUAAACAGUCAAACGAAGCCAAAGAAUAACAUGACAUACUAGAAUCUAUUUUGAGAGGAGAAAUAAGAGUGGUGCUCGAUGGGACAAAUUAAAAUUGCUCUGUGGUGUGCAUUUUCUGCUCCAGUUCUGACCAGCAUUCUUACUCUGAGGCCAACAAUUCAGUGCCAGAAGAACACUUCAUAUUAGAGGUCCAUGCAACUACUGUGCCACAGUAUUGUAGCCAUCUCUGUCUGGUUGUUUUUAUUAGGUGAACAUUUUUCACACCACACACACACAGAGCUCAUUUUUCUAUAAUACUGCGCUGUUUUGCCUCGAAAAGUCUCUAAAAGAAGGAAAAUUAAAAUCAGUUUUGUUGUAAUUUGGGCGAGAAACAGAUGUGAUUUACCAGGAAAAAGAAAAUUAAUAUAAUUGAACAUUAGCUAACUAAUAAAGUGGAAACACAUUAUUAAAUGCAGACAAUUGCUGUUGAGGGCCUCUCUCUGCCUUGGUGAUGCUCCAAAAUAAAAGCCUCAUUAAUAAAACAAAAAUUUAAUCUAAAACUUUGAUAAACACUCAUAGCUCAGUGGUUAAAGUUUGUAACACUAAACUCCUGUGUGCACAGGAGAACAUUAUGAACUCUACUCAUCCAUCCAUUCAUCCUCUGUAUAUACAGGGAGGCGCACAAAACAGUCUAUUCCUGUUUAUGGCUGCCCUUUGCACAAAGAACGAUAAAAGCCAUCAAUGACAUGUCAAUUAAUCAAACUUGCAGUUAACAAACAUGGAGAAUGAAUGAUAGAUUAACUUUACAAAAGGUUGGGGGAAAGAAGCCAUUCUGUUUCCCUUUGUCUGCAGCUUUCACAAUAGACCCACAUAUGCUUCAACCUGCUCACCUUGACGGGGUGUGUUCGCGCAAGACCAAAAUGUUAUUGCUUUGUUGUACAAGCGAAAAUGAAAAAAACAAAGAGGAAAGAGCCUUGUCAUCCCUGCACAGCAAAAUACUCAAGAGGGCUUGUUAGGCAGAGCCAGCAUAGUGAUGAAGGUACAGAUACAAUAUUUAUCUCUUUAGUGAUGAGAGAGAGAGAAGAAAUGCGAGAUGGGAGAGGGGAAGAAUGCCCCAACGAAAUAAUUCCUCAUAAAUCAGGUUUUCCUUGUGAUUUUGCCUUUUUUUUCCUAUCUUUCCAGGAAGUCACAUUUCGAGAAUCGUCACUCGUUUUCUGUUGCUUGUAACUAGAGGGCGAAACAAGCAGCUGUUUGUUUUCAUUUCAUUUGGCGAGAGUUUUCUAGAAAUAUGAAGACGUCUCUGUUGUUGUAAAAGUUUUAGAAAUUGGUUGGGAUACUGCUCAUGAAUUCACUAUCUUUUAACUUUUUUACACCUACAUAACUUCUACUACUAAAAAUGUGUUUGAUUUUACCCCACUAAAAAGUAUGCAGACUGUCACAACAUUUUUACAUGAUAGAAUCUAACUGCUUUGUUUUGUUGCAGUAGCACGCAGGAGGAAUGUGAUUGUGGCCUCGGCCAGCUUCCUUCUAUUUGGUUUGUCCAGGGGUGAAUGAGAAGUGCUGAGUCACAAUGAGUUUUCAAAACCCUAGUAAGUAGUCCAGUCUUGUUUCAGGAGGAUACGCCCUGGCAGCAGGAAAAGCAACUGCACCCUGGGACAAAAACCUAAAAAAUAAAAUCCAGCCAUUAUUGUUUCUGCAAGUUUUUGUUAGCAUGCAGUCCAUGCAUGCAAUUUUACUUGUUUAUCUAUUGCUUUUUUUUUUCUUUUCUUUUUACCAUAAGGGUUAAUCAGAAGAAAUAAAGAUCUGCAGCUCAAACCAAGAGAAUUCCCCUCCUCCUUGCAUGUCAGAAGCAACCUCGGUACAAUCAACUGGAGCAAUUACACACAUUCUCACACAUAGUAAAAAUGAAAUGAAAAUGGACUUUGGCUGCAGUACCCGGUUGUUUAGGGUCGCAAAGUGAAGCAGUUCAACAUGUUUAAACGAAUUGUUGAUUAUCUUAACUGCCUAGAGUCACUUAUCUUUGGUGAUAUCACAAACAUGGGUUGGGACUCAGGUCCACCAAUCCGGUUGUGGAAGGCUGGAGGUUAUUAUAAAAACAGGCGUGGGGAGACUUCCAGACUCACUCCUCGCUCCUUACUCCUCACUCUCUCCCUCGUCUCGCUGCUGGGAAACAACCUCGGAUCCUGCGACAAUGGCCAAGGACAUGACUCUGAUGUGGGGCUCCGGCUCUCCUCCCUGCUGGAGGGUCAUGAUCGCCCUGGAGGAGAAGGGCCUGCAGGGCUACAACAGCAAACAGCUGUCCUUUGAAAAGGGGGAACACAAGGGGAAGGAAGUGCUCGCCAUCAAUCCCAGGGGUCAGCUUCCUGCCUUCAAACAUGGAAACAUUGUCCUGAACGAGUCCUACGGUGCUUGCCUGUACCUGGAGGAGCAGUUCAAGAACCAAGGAAACAAGCUGACGCCCGAAAACAAAGCAGAAGUUGCACUGAUGUACCAGCGCAUGUUUGAGGGGCUAACACUCUUUGACAAAAUAAAACAAUCCCUCUUCUACGACCGCUUCGUCCCCGAGAACGAGAGGCACGACUCCGCCAAGAAGAGGAACGCCGAGGGACUGAAGGAGGAGAUCAAAAUCUGGGAGGGGUACCUGCAGGCAACGGGUCCAUACCUUGCAGGAAAGAGCUUUUCUCUGGCUGAUGUCAUCAUCUUCCCAGUGAUCGCUUUCCUCUUCCGCUUUGGCUUGAAUGAGGAGCACUUCCCUAAACUGGCAGCUUACCAGAACACUGUGAAGGACAGACCCAGCGUCAAGAACACCUGGCCUUCCAACUGGAAGGACAGUCCAGGAACGGAUGCACUGAAGGACCUUUGAGCUGGAAACAAUGUUCCCUUUCCACUUACUAUGAAGCUACAUCUUCUGCUGCACUACUGUAGAGGUUUACAUGUUAAACAAAAACCAGACAAACACUUUUCUUUCACUUUUAGGUGCUUACCUGAUACCAUUUGUAUGUAAUUUCCUAUAAAGAUGUGUGUGUUUGGUGCUGUGACCAACAAAAUAAAUAGAAAUGAAAUUA